GGCUGGGCUGAGCGAGAGAUGCAGGACUCUGCCUGACUCUCUCCGUUCUCGCAAGAAGACGAGGAAAAAGAGAGAAACAAGGAGCGUUUCGUUUUGAUUCCCGAGGCGCAGCGCACGACGCACCAACCAGCCCAGGCAGCUCAACUCCUCUCUCUCUCUGGGAAGGUCCUUGGUCUUCGUGCGCUAGCUGCUGCUCGCGUUGUCGGGAGGCGCCGCUGCCUGAGCAAGUGGCUUUCUUGCUGCCAAGAAUCCGGCUGGCCGGCGGCGGCGCCGUCUGGCUGGAAGCGACGUGGCGCAGCGCCCCUGCUCCAUGCUUGAGGACCAGUGAAGCUCCCGUGUGGUCACACAACCAUGAAGCAGUCCCCGGCGAGCUCUGCUGUCACCCCCGCGGCCGCGGCCGCCUCCGCCGGCGGGGGGCCAUGCGAAGGGGAGCGGAAGGCGCCGGCGAUCAACGCGGACCUGUGGUACGCCUGCGCGGGCCCGCUCGUGUCGCUGCCGCCGGUGGGCAGCCUCGUCGUCUACUUCCCGCAGGGCCACAGCGAGCAGGUUGCAGCCUCUAUGCAAAAGGAUAUUGAUGCACAUGUGCCAAGCUACCCAAAUCUUCCCUCGAAGUUGAUAUGUCUUCUUCAUAGUGUUAUUUUGCAUGCAGACACAGACACUGAUGAGGUGUAUGCACAAAUGACUCUUCAGCCAGUGAACACGUAUGGAAAAGAGGCUUUACAGCUUUCAGAGCUUGCACUAAAACAAGCAAGGCCACAGAAUGAGUUCUUCUGUAAGACGCUUACUGCAAGUGACACAAGUACACAUGGAGGCUUCUCUGUGCCUCGCCGUGCUGCAGAGAAGAUAUUACCUCCACUGGACUUCAAUAUGCAGCCUCCAGCACAAGAAUUGCAAGCCAGAGACAUACACGACAAUGUGUGGACAUUUCGUCAUAUAUUUCGAGGUCAGCCCAAAAGACAUUUACUCACUACCGGCUGGAGCCUUUUCGUGGGUGGCAAGAGACUAUUUGCUGGUGAUUCGGUCAUUUUCGUUAGGGACGAAAGGCACCAACUUCUACUAGGAAUCAGGCGGGCUAGCCGACAACCCACUAAUAUAUCUUCUUCAGUACUUUCAAGUGACAGUAUGCACAUAGGAGUGCUUGCUGCAGCGGCCCAUGCUGCUGCCAAUAAUAGUCCGUUUACCAUAUUUUACAACCCCAGGGCUAGUCCUACUGAAUUUGUUAUCCCAUUUGCCAAAUACCAGAAGGCACUGCAUAGUAACCAGAUAUCUUUAGGAACACGCUUCCGGAUGAUGUUCGAGACAGAGGAAUUAGGAACAAGAAGGUACAUGGGUACGAUAACAGGUAUAAGUGAUCUAGAUCCUGUACGAUGGAAAACCUCCCAGUGGCGCAACUUACAAGUUGGCUGGGAUGAGUCUGCAGCAGGUGAAAGGCGGAACAGAGUUUCAAUGUGGGAGAUUGAACCGAUUGCUGCUCCUUUCUUCAUAUGCCCCCAGCCUUUCUUUGGUGUGAAGCGCCCGAGGCAAUUAGAUGACGAUUCAUCAGAGAUGGAAAACCUUUUUAAGAGGUCAAUGCCUUGGCUUGGUGAGGAGAUAUGCAUAAAGGGCGCUCAGACCCAGAACACUACAAUGCCUGGUCUGAGCUUGGUUCAAUGGAUGAACAUGAACAGGCAACAGAGCUCCUCAUUAGCUAGCACGGGCAUACAGUCCGAGUACAUGCGAUCUCUAAGUAGCCCUGCCAUGCAAAAUCUUGGCACCACUGAGCUUGCAAGGCAGUUGUAUGUGCAGAACCAUCUUCUGCAACAAAGCAGCGCACAGCUUAAUUCUCCCAAACUCCCUCAGCAAAUGCAACCUAUCAAUGAGCUGUCCAAGGGAGCGCUGUCGUUUAAUCAACUUGAUGCCAUCACCAAUCAUCAAGAACAGAAGCAAGAUGCUGGCAACCAGCAGAGGCAACAGCAGUCCAUCAACCAAGCAAUUCCUUUGAGCCAAGCUCAAGCCAAUCUUGUCCAGGCCAAGGCAAUUAUCCAGAAUCAGAUGCAGCGGCAGCAGCAGCAACAACAACAGUCAUCUCCACUUGAGAACCAGCAAGGGACCAGUGGCCAACAGCUGCUUCUUUCCCAGCAACAACAGGAACAAAAUUUGCAACUGCAGCAACAACAGCAUCUUUUACUUCAGCAACUGCAGUGGCAGCAGCAACAGAAUCAGCAGCAGCCUAAUAAGUUGCCUGGUCUGCUAGUGAAUCUGGCUGGCCAGCAGACUCAGUUGUCUGACCAGGAGCUUCAGUUGCAGCUAUUACUGAAACUACAGCAGCAAUCACUCAUAUCACAGCCAGCAGUUACACUUUCACAAUUGCCGCUAAUCCAGGAACAGCAGAAGUUACUUUUGGACAUGCAACAGCAGCUGUCAAGUUCACAUUCACUUGUCCUGCAGCGGAUGAUGCCUCAGCAAGAUAGCAAAGUUUCUCUGCAGGCAUCACAAAUGCCACCACCAAUGAAGCAGGAGCAACAGCAACAGCAGAAGCUUUCGCAUAAACAAAUUGCACUUGCAGAUGUGUCAGAUGUUGCCUUUCCACUGAUCUCAUCAACCAAUGUCGUCUCGAAAGCUGGAAGCCCCUUGAUGAUUCCGGGUGCUGCACAUUCUGUACUUACUGAAGAAAUUCCUUCUUGCUCAACAUCACCUUCCACAACUAAUGGAAAUCAUUUAGCACACCCAACCAUAGGUGGGAACGAGCAUUGCAAGAUCAACACAGAAAAGGUGUUCCAAUCAACUGCUCUGAUGUCAAUUCCAACCUCUGUGGAAGCUGUACCAGCAACUCCAAUAAUGACCAAGGAACUGGCGAAGUUGAACCAUAAUGUGAAGGAGAAUGUGAUCACCUCAAAGUCACUCACUGGUGGGACUGGUCCUGAAAAUCUUGUGAAUAUUGUGCCAUCAACAGACAACCUGGAAACAGCUUCAUCAGCAACUUCAUUAUGGCCUACCCAAACAGAUGGACUUUUGCAUCAAGGCUUCCCCGCUUCUAACUUCAAUCAGCAGCAAAUGUUCAAAGAUGCACUUCCAGAUGUGGAAAUUCAAGGUGUGGAUCCAACUAACAGUGCCUUCUUUGGGAUCAACAAUGAUGCCCCUUUAGGUUUUCCUAUGGAAACGGAAGGCUUGUUGAUAAGUGCACUGAAUCCUGUUAAGUCUCAGAAUCAUAUGUCUGUUAAGUCUCAGAAUCAUAUGCCAAUUGAUGUUGAGAACAAUUACCAAAUGCAAAAGGAUGCUCAGCAAGAGAUAUCAACCUCCAUGGUUUCACAAUCAUUCGGUCAGUCUGAUAUAGCUUUCAAUUCCAUUGAUUCUGCGAUCAACGAUGGUGCCUUGUUGAACAGAAAUUCUUGGCCCUCUGCACCUCCACCCCAGAGAAUGCGGACAUUCACUAAGGUGUACAAACGUGGAGCUGUAGGCCGAUCCAUUGACAUAGGUAGAUUCUCUGGAUAUGAAGAAUUGAAGCAUGCUUUGGCUCGCAUGUUUGGUAUAGAGGGCCAACUUGAAGACCGACAAAGAAUAGGCUGGAAGCUAGUCUACAAGGAUCUUGAGGAUGACAUACUGCUUCUCGGUGAUGACCCAUGGGAGGAGUUUAUGAACUGUGUGAGGUGCAUUAGGAUCCUAUCCCCUCAAGAAGUGCAACAGAUGAGCUUAGAUGGUGAUUUGGGGAACAAUGUCCUCUCCAACCAGGCUUGCAGCAGCUCAGAUGGUGGGAACGCCUGGAGGCCUCGCUGUGACCAGAACCCUGGUAAUCCUUCCAUCGGCUUCUUUGACCAAUUCGAAUGACCUGAUUACAGAAAAGGGCAGAUCAGACUAUGGCUGCAAAAGACCAGCAGCGUCCAGUCAUCAAUAACAUUAUCGCCUAGAGAAGACAUCCAGUGCAGAAUGGUAGAUGUCUCAGCUUUUAUACCUGGGAGCGCAAAUACUCUCAGAUUAGGCUAUCUUUUGGAUAUAUGUCUAGUUUUCUCAGUCGAAACAAAGUAGGGAUGAGAAAUUAAACUUACCUAGAACUGUUGAGUACUGAGACUUCAGACAGAGUGUUAGGCAAAUCUGAACUUCAGAGAGUAGGUUACGCAAAUCUGAAGAUAAGUAUAUUGGUGGAGAGCAUCUGUACUGAACUGCUGUUGGGGUUGCAUGGAAUCUUUAUAAAGAUAAUCUUUAUAAAGAUGAACUGCUGAAGCAAAUUUUAUGAGGUUCUACUGAUUAGUAUCGUCUAAUGUGAAUCCCAUUUAAAUAUAUUUACAGUUACAGGA